AUGCCGAUCAAAUCUGUUAAAGGAAGCCUAAUCAAAGCGGGCAAACAAGAAGAUCUGACUAAAGAAAGAUCGACCCCGAGGAAUCGAAGAAUUACAGAUGAAUUUCUUUUCCAAACAGGAACCACCGAUUUACAAAUUUUAUUAACCACAAAAUUUAGUGAGUGGCGCCAAAUCUUUCUAUGGAUUGCUUUUUUCGCCUCUUUCGCCGUCAAAGUGCCUAUGGUACCAGUUCAUAUUUGGUUACCCAAAGCUCAUGUAGAGGCACCUACGGCAGGAUCCGUCAUCUUGGCGGGAAUUCUUUUAAAAUUGGGAACCUACGGCUUUUUAAGAUUUUCAAUACCCAUGUUUCCUGAAGAGACACUUUGUUUCACUCCUUUCAUUUAUACUUUAAGCGCGAUUGCUAUAAUAUAUACUUCCCUGACCACUUUAAGACAGAUCGAUCUUAAGAAGAUCAUUGCUUACUCAUCAGUAGCUCAUAUGAAUCUGGUGACUAUUGGUAUGUUUAGUCUGAACAUACAGGGAAUUGGAGGUAGCAUUCUACUGAAGUUAAGUCAUGGACUAGUUUCUUCAGCCCUUUUUCUAUGUGAUGGUGUUCUAUAUGACCGACAUAAGACUCAACUUGUUAGAUAUUACGGAGGUUUAGUGAGCACCAUGCCGAAUUUCUCUACCAUUUUCUUCUUUUUCACUUUGGCCAGUAUGAGUUUACCUGGUACUAGCAGCUUUAUCGGGGAAUUUCUCAUCUUAGUAGGAGCUUUCCAAAGAAAUAGCUUAGUAGCCACAUUAGCAGGGCUUGGGAUGAUUUUAGGCGUGGCGUAUUCCCUUUGGCUAUAUAAUCGUGUGGUUUCUGGGAAUUUAAAACCGGAUUUCCUUCAUAAAUUCUCCGAUCUAAAUGGUAGAGAAGUUUUCAUAUUUAUACCUUUUCUUGUUGGAGUUGUUUGGAUGGGUGUUUACCCCAAAGUGUUCCCGGACUACAUGCAUACAUCUGUAAGUAACUUAGUGCAACAUGGAAAAUUUCAUAGAGAGGAAUCAGCAAAGAAAAGAAAAAUGGUCAACAUCUUAAUGUGUAUUUGAGAGAUUGUCCUCAGGUUUAAGA